UAGAUAGCAAGUUUCAAUCGACCGUCUCUCAAGUUUCUUGCUACGGAAGUCGGGUCGGACGACUCGAAAAAGGCGAAUGCUUAAAGCACAACAAUUUGAAGGAAGCGUGUAACUCAGGAACAGAUCUAUUCGUCUAUUUUCUUCUCUGGUUCGAGUUAACAUUUUCGCCAUUUUUAGUUUACAUUUCUACUUCAAAGGAUUUGGUAUUCCUAAGCAUUUACGAUGUCUUCAUCAUAUCUCCCAGCAACUACUGAUUCAGUUGCACAGGCCCUAGAAGCCAAAACACCAUCUGAAGCCAUCUCAAUCCUCUAUCGUGUACUAGAAAAUCCUUCAUCUGCUCCUGAUGCUCUGCGGAUUAAAGAACAGGCCAUAACAAAUCUCUCAGAUCUUCUUAGACAAGAGAACCGAGCUGAGGAGCUUAGAAGCCUUCUAACCCAAUUGAGGCCCUUUUUUGCAUUAAUUCCAAAGGCUAAAACUGCUAAGAUUGUCCGUGGUAUAAUUGAUGAUGUAGCUAAAAUACCAGGAACAUCAGAUCUCCAGAUUUCUCUCUGCAAGGAAGUGGUGCAGUGGACUCGUGCUGAGAAGCGAACUUUCCUACGCCAACGAGUUGAGGCAAAGCUUGCAGCUCUUUUGAUGGACAACAAGGAGUACUCAGAAGCAUUGAAUCUCCUUUCUGGCCUAAUCAAGGAGGUCAGAAGGUUGGAUGACAAGCUGCUUCUUGUGGACAUAGACUUGUUAGAGAGUAAGCUUCAUUUCUCUCUUCGAAACCUGCCGAAAGCCAAGGCAUCUCUAACAGCUGCAAGAACAGCAGCAAAUGCAAUUUAUGUGCCACCAGCUCAACAGGGUAAUAUAGAUUUGCAGAGUGGAAUCCUCCAUGCAGAGGAGAAGGAUUACAAGACUGCUUAUAGCUAUUUCUUUGAAGCAUUUGAAGCUUUCAAUGCUCUUGAAGAUCCUCGUGCAGUAUUUAGCCUCAAGUAUAUGUUGUUGUGCAAAAUAAUGGUGAGCCAGGCUGAUGAUGUUGCUGGUAUAAUAUCAUCCAAGGCAGGGCUACAGUAUGUUGGGCCUGAACUUGACGCCAUGAAAGCUGUUGCUGAUGCCCAUGCAAAACGUUCCCUGAAGCUUUUCGAGACUGCUCUUCGUGAUUUCAGGGCCCAACUAGAGGAAGAUCCUAUUGUUCACAGGCACCUUUCUUCCCUGUAUGACACUCUAUUGGAGCAGAACCUCUGCCGAUUGAUUGAGCCUUUCUCCAGGGUUGAGAUUGCUCAUAUUGCCGAACUGAUUGAAUUGCCUAUAGAUCAUGUGGAGAAGAAACUUUCUCAGAUGAUUCUGGAUAAAAAGUUUGCAGGAACUCUGGAUCAGGGUGCUGGAUGUCUCGUCAUAUUUGACGAUCCCAAGACCGAUGCUAUCUACCCCGCAACAUUGGAAACCAUCUCCAACAUUGGCAAGGUUGUAGAUAGUCUCUAUGUUAGGUCUGCUAAGAUAAUGGCAUAGGGUUUGGGCAUAUGUAGCUGCUGAUCGUGUUGAUCCAGAAACACAUGCUUUAAUGUUUCAUCCGCAAAACAUUUGAUCCAAACAUGUGGAGUUGAUUCAAACAAUCUUGCAAUUUGCUUUACCCGAUAUUUUGCUAGAAUUUGUGACAGAUUGCCCUUUCUUUGAAUCUAGCUUGUUCACUUAUUAUUCGGAAAUUUUGGUUCUUUUAUAUCUUUUCUAUUGCACCCUCUUGCAUGUUUCGUGUUACAAUUUAUAUUAAUUUGUAAAAUAUUAUUUAUUUUGAUUGUUUUGAAAUUUAUUAUUUAUU